AUGGAAAUUGAUAAAGCUCGAUGGCUCGUAUCGCAAAGUGGUCAACAAAAAGUGCGAACACUGAAGAUUGAUGUAACAAAUGGCAACAAUGGCUCGAGGAUGGGGUUUUGGUUUGGUAUCAUGAACCUUGGAAUGGAAAUAGCCCGAAAGCUAAGGCUUAAGGCGGCAAGUGCGGCAAAAUCGACGGAAAUGGCGUCAGUGUAA